GUAAAUUGUGCUUGUGCUGAGGGCGUGGACAAAUAGCUGGGAAGUAUGGGACAGUAAAUGCGGUCUGAUGCAAAGUAACACUUUUUUCAUCUUUGCUGCUGGUUGAAUGUAAAUGAAGACUUGCAUUCACCGUGGUUAGAAGAGAAUUUAGGGUUACUGUGGCUUUCUUUCUGUUCUGCCACGUCCUCUUCACAUGGCCUAUUUUUCAGUCAUCCUGUUCCUUCACUCAGGGGGAGAACUCUUCCAUUAUUCUGGUGGCCUCAGGUGAAAUACAGAGCUGUUUCAAGGCUGCUCUGAGUGACAUAGCUGCUUCCCGUCAUUUUCUAUUACGCCCAGGCUAUAAAGACAACCUGUACUACAGUGUAACAUCGAGCACUCCCAAGCAGCUUUGGCUGGGCCCUCCUCCAGUCUUCAGCGAUGGACUAAGCAGCAGGCAGGUACAGAGCUCUUGCUCCUUGCUCUAGGAAAGCUUUCUACAGGGGCGUUUGCGCUCCAGAGCUUGUCUGCUGCUAGUUGACCCCAGUGGAGCCUUGAGCUUUGCUGUCACUGAAAAUAAACCCCUUGGCACGGAGCCGUGCCAGAUCCUCAGCCUCUGCACUUCAGUGUGCCCGGCUCUACGUGAAGCUACUAAUACUGGCCCAUCUUUUUGCCUGGGUGAUGGAUGUGUAGCUGGCAUUCACGUUUGCAUGGCCGUUGGCGAUCCCUGGAAUAAGAAGUGGAACAGCCUUUGAGAACAGAACAAAGAUGGAAUGAUUAUGAGAACUGAUCUUCAUAGAAACUGAGGCAUGAAAAUACGUAAUGACAGGCAGGGAGACAUCAUAGACAUGCCAACAUUAUCUUUCAUCUCAGACAAUACAAGUGAGAGCAUGGAUGCUAAGUGCCAUACGGCACAUUUGGAAGUGAAGGGAAGAACCAGUGCUUUGCAGUCAGAAGCAUCCACCAAUGCAGAGGAGCUGGAAGAGCUCUGCUGCAAGCAGGUCACAGCUGCUGAUAUUGAACUUGAGAAGAUGAGGUGGGAUUUUGUUCUGGCUAAACUGAAGUAUGAACAUGAGGACAAUGAAAAGCAAAGGCUUCAUGAGGAGAGAAUGGAGCAGAUUCAUCAACAGGCAGUGAAAAGAUCGUUUAGCCAAGGACUGCAAGAUCUACUCCAGCCCCCAAACCAGUAUGCCUUGUUCCUGUACUGCUUCAUCUUUAUUCAUGUUAUUUAUACAGUAAAGGAUCUGGCCUUCUACUUUUUCCACAACCAUUACCUGUUCUGUUUUGCUAUUGUGUUCUUUUUCAUUCUCAAAAAGAUUUUCCAGGACUACAAAAAUAAGAAAAAAUGCUUUUAAAAAAGGCAGUGUUCAUUUUUCUGCCCCUAAUUUUGCUGCUUUUUAUCAUCCUUUACUCACCAUGCCAAUCAUACGUGCAGGAUUUCAGCUAAGAUUAUAUGCACAGAAUGUAAUAAUACAAAACUGAUUUUCUGAAGAAAAUUGGGAUUGUAUGACAUCAUUUGACUUCAUGCUGUCUCACCAACAUGUUUAACAUCAUUCAGGGGCAUUCAUCUAUACAAAUAAACUGAU